CUGUCAACGAAUGUAAAUCACAGAGUACACAUUGAAUAUGUAAAUUGUAAAUUAGGUACCUAUUUAUUGGAGAAAUCAUCGAUUGCAUUUGAUUCUUAAUUUACUAUUUCGUAUUACAAUGAACAGUAUAGGGGAAGAGUGUACUGAAUUGAAGAAAAAAUAUGAUGAUUGUUUUAAUUCAUGGUUUUCGGAGCGCUUCCUAAAAGGCGAUCAUGAUGACUCCGUAUGCGCUGGAAUUUUCAAAAUUUACCAAGAAUGUGUAAAGAAGGCAAUGAAGCAACAAAAUAUAGAUUUCAAAGAAAUAGACAAGGAUGUUUUAGGAACAGAUGGCGAGUUCAAAGCACCUCCAACGGACAACCACAGUUGACAGAUGGAAACUUGCAGUCUCCUUUGUGCUUUUAGUCCAAUAACUUUGUGGAAUGUAUUUCAUGUGGGCAUUAGUGACUCAGAAAUCAAAUGAAUUUAGCCAGAUGAUUUUUCUUUCAAUUAUCAUCUGCACUUAGUUUUUUGCUGAUUGCCAUUUAUUUAUAACAGUUGCAGCAUCUGAAAAUGAUGAGAAUGAUGGUUGUAAUUUUUCCAUUCACAAUAAUGCAACUCUGUGUGGACACAUUUAUUUUAUGAUGUUGAUGAUCACUCAUCGUUAUAAACUUUAAAGCUAACUUCUUUAGUAGGAAAUUGUAUCCCACCUUCUUGAUUCUUAAAAUGAACUGGUAUAUCAUAUAUUUUUAAUAUCUUUGGGAUGUACUUUGUUAAUGUGCGUGCAAAAUAAGUAGGUAGUCCAAUCUAAACAUGAGAUGUAUGACUGCAUUGUUCGAAAACAGAUAUCAGCCAUGCUUGUGAAUUUAAUCCUUAGAGUUAGACUAUGACCUGCACAACUGGCCAUGUUGCAGCUUGUUUCACAGCAGUUUGUAUUUGAGGUAAUGAGUAGAGUUUCAUACAUAAUGUUUUAUUGUAAGACAAUUCAACUUAUCUUUUAGUCAAGUGUAUGCAUUUCUACAUCUAUAGCAUUUAACAGGCAUUAUUUUAGAUAACUUACAGUGCAAUAUAUUGUAGUUAGUGACUAGCUAUAGUUUGAUUAUACUAAAAAUAUUAGUAGCAUACUUAGUCACUAUAAUAUAUGGAAAUCUAUUUCAGUGGUGAACUAUUCUAAAUCUAUAACUAUUCUAGUGUAUGUAGAUUUUUGUUUAGAUACAGGCAUUUUGUAAUUUACUCAUUUUCUUGAUGUAAUUGUUAAGUUAUAAUUAAAAAAUAUAGUGCAAAAUUUUUUGUGUAAUAAUAUUUUUGCUUUACUUUCAGGUUUUACAAACUUAUAAUUGACUAGUGACCCACCCGUCGCACGGGAGGCUUACUACAAUUUUCGUAGGCUCUCUAAUUUUUUGAAAAUAGAAUAUAGUCUGUCAUUCAGGAAUAAUGUAGCU